AUGGCACUGCGCGACAAACUGUUAGUCGGUGUUAGGAGUAAAGAGGUGCAAAGUCGAAUGUUGGAAGAGGAGGAUUUAAAUCUGGCCAAGGCUGAACGAAUUAUAAUCAAUCGCGAACAAGCAGAAGAACGUGCAUCUAAAAUUAAUGGAGAACCUUCCAGGGUCAGUGCAGUCGAGCGUCUCGGUUCAAGGCGAGUUUCGUUUACACGAGAUAUUUCACCGGUUUAUUCGAGUUUUCGCGGUAGGAGUCGUGAUCGUCGUGGUCGUGAAAGGAAUGACAGGAUUUACAAUGAUACGCGUAGCCGAAGCAGGAGUAAUUCGACACCACGCAAACGAGAAUAUAGGCAACUUUAUUGCACAUUUUGUCGCCGAACUGGGCAUAUUCGGAAAUAUUGUUAUGACCAAAAACGUAUGAAACCUGCCGUCAAUUCUGUUGCAAUAGAACCAAAGGAGCACGUUUUUAAACGAGAAGAUUUAUCUGAGCGUUUACGUAAAGCAAGGUUAUCGGAAUCGGAAGAUGAAAUGAAUGUUCUUAUGGUUUCUUCGAACAAGCGUAACAAUCCGUGUAUGAUCGAUGUAGAAGUGGACGGUGUCAUGCUGCAAAUGGAGGUCGACAGCGGUUCCGCGGUUUCCGUUAUGUGCAGGAAGAUAUGA